CAGACGUCACUUGAAGUUUAUACUGUUAACAUGCGCUGAUAUCUUCUAUCCACUCGUCUCGCUAACACCUAUCGAGAAAGUAGCUCUUCGACUCUGUUACUGAGUAAAAUGAAGAUGACUGGCUGAGGAGUCGAUACACCCUAUGAUUACCCAAGUGAAUUCCAACUUUACUUAGGAGCUCCCUGGUGUGGUAUUAACGGCAGACGAGAUGAACAAUAGCAACAUUUAUAUGAAUGAGACAACAUACACGAGCGAUAUUAUUUCAAAGGUGGUGGACAUUAAUACUUCUUUUUCUGAAAAGCAAUCGUCGCCCCCGAAUUUGUCGCAUGGAUAUAGCCUACUAAGCCUACUUCUGUUGUUGUUUGUGAUUUCAGGAGGAUUAGGGAAUACGCUAGUAUGUUUAGCAAUAUGUCGGGAACGGCGUCUCCAGAACGUCACCAAUUAUUUUCUAUUAUCACUGGCUAUGGCGGAUUUGUUGGUAUGUCUGGCAGUUAUGCCAUUUGGUAUUGUGGAUUUGUUUUUCGGCUACUGGCCAUUUGGACCGUCAAUGUGCAACAUCUGGGUGACUUGUGACGUCCUUGGUUGCACAUCUUCCAUCAUCCAUAUGUGUUUUAUCUCUCUCGGCCGAUAUCUGGGGAUACGCAGCCCACUGAAGACUCGCAAGAACUCUAAAAAGAAGGUAACCAUUAAGAUUGCUAUUGCAUGGUUAAUCUCCAUGACAAUAACGAGUCCCAUUACUGUUUUGGGUUUCACUGACACCGAAAAUAUACAACCAACAACUCAAAUGUGUGCCAUCAACAAUCGAUUUUUCUUCGUCUUUGGGUCUUUGUCUGCUUUCUAUAUCCCCAUGUUCAUCAUGGUGACGUCUUAUAUUCUCACAGUCCGUCUGUUACGACAGAAGGCCAAGUUCUGUGAGGAAAGGCCUGGUCGGAAAGUAUCCUUUAUACGGCGAGCCCGCAGACACCUGUUACAAGACAAUCCACACAAAAGUGAGACGUCAAAUAUAGAAUGCAAUAAGUGUGAUAGAUGUGCAACUCGUCGAUCUCGGGAUAACAACAAUGAAAACACAAUCCUCGAAGACAGUCAGGCAAAUUCACGUGCGAACUAUGGGUGUUUUCGGGAGUCCCUCAAAAAAAGAUCCCACAUAAAAUUUAAAGAAACUAGUGGUAUUGUUUAUACCCUACGCUGUAGGUCGCAUAUGCAGGUGAUGAACGAACAGAAAGCGACCCAAGUUCUUGGGAUAGUUUUCUUUUGUUUUAUCACCUGUUGGACUCCUUUCUUUGCUUUGAAUAUUCUGUUCCCUAUUAUAGAUCCAACAAGCUUUCCUGAGUACCUCACCACAACAUUCCUGUGGCUAGGCUACGUGUCAUCUACCAUUAAUCCUAUCAUUUACACAAUUUUUAAUAAGGCAUUCAGAAGAGCUUUCUGGCGUCUCCUUUCUUGCUCCUGUUGCUUGUAUAAUAUGAGGUCUCCUACUAUAAACGAGUUGGUAAUGUGGCCAACCAAGUCCAAACACUUUGUGAACAUUAUCACUACCCGCCGCCUAAUUUCAGAAGGUCAAUUUAAAGGUUAAUAUAUUUCAAAUAAUGGGCGGUGUUUUAAACUAGUGUUGGUUUGUUAAGUAUUUAUUUAUAUUAAUGCUUUAUCUGUAACAUUAAUUUCAAUGCUCGUCGUAUGUGAAAGGAUAUCUUAUAAGUAUGCUAUUUUAAGAUUAUAAAUGAUAUAUGAUAUACUAAAACAUAUUAAUUAUAAAUAGUCUAGCUUUUUAUAAGCUACUAAAGAUAUGUCUUGAAACACAGCUCGUUGAACGUCAUUACCAUUUGUAAUAUUUGUACUUGUACUUUGCUAGAUGAUUGACUAUUUGCACUGCACCCGCCGAAGAGAUGUUGAUCUCUGAAUUUUAGCGUUAAGAACCCUCAAGCUUACUACUGUGCCAGAGGUGGGCUUGUGCUCGUGAUGAAAACAUGCUGGAAGAAAAAGGUUCGAAAAUUUUAUGUGUAAAGUGCGACAAAAUAAAUUGGGGGGGGGGGUAAAAGUUUCAUCCAAGGGAAUACAUUGUUGUGCAUAUUAGUAUCCAUCCAGUGAUUUUACCACAUACAAAUUCAUCUAUUUGUAACACAGUCAUAAUGAAGGCGCUACUUCAAUGAAGAAAUUAACUACCAGUGACCCAAAAAACUUCAAAACUACUUUGAACAUACUAGGCCACAAAUAAGAUGUGAAACCUUUUGAGAAAGGUCAAAUAUACCCGUGAAUUCAGAUACAUCCUGAAUAGGCUACUUUAUUAAUUCCUGUGUAUUAGCAAUAAUUGUUUGUUUGUUUGUAAUUAAGCACAAAGCUACACAAUGGGCUAUC